UUAAUGCUUAGCUUGUCAGCCAGGAGCUGGAAUGUGGCCGAGCCACCCUCACCACGACCUGGCUGGGGCAACCCCCUGCAUCUGUCCAGACCUGUGAAGGCCACCCAGGAACAGGGUCACUGGGCUCCCGUGACCUCCUGGGCUCCUCACAAGGAGGCCCUGUGCCGGCUGGGAGCAGUACUAUUGGGUCUUCAAACUUCCGGAGCAGCCCAUGGUCCACAUCUGUCAGAAAGUUAUGAGCCGGGCUGGGGCUAUAAGGGAGCCCCCUGCGCAAGACGAAUGCCUGGGUCCCCCUGGGGUGUCUGCCCAACAGAUGCCUGACCUCAACCCUGGCUGGAACUCACCGGGCCAGCUCCGCCGGGUCUCGGCGCAUCUCCGCCUCAUCAACGGGAAAUUCCUCAACUUUCGGGCGCUGGGCCGCGAGGGCUGUGAGUGGUGGAGGCAGGGUCACCCUUGGCCCGCGGGGGAGAGCGUCCAGCAGACUGGGGGUCAGAGCCACAGAGCCGGGAUGAGGGGAGGACUGUCUGGGCUGGACCUUCACACCGUCUCCCCCGCAGGCGGAGCUGGGUCUGACCCUCUAGAGGCUCACCUUAGUGACCUGCUUCAGGCAGUGGCCGAGCUGCAGACCCAGUACCCGCUGCUGGUGGGACCAUGUGUUCGGGGGGCUGCGGCAGCAUUAGUCAAGGCGGUGCAAGGUCUCCCCCAGACUCAGGGCACUGAGAACAGAAAUCGUUACAGUGAAAUCUUCAGGAGCCUGGACAACUUGGAGAUUUCUUUGGGAAAUUCGGCUAUGGAAAUGUUGGUUGGAGACUCAGCGCCAUUGGAUGACCCUGAGCCAGGAUUGGAGACUAAUGAGACCCAAAGCUGGAGCAGCCCCUUCCCUGGAGGCCCUGUCCCUCUCACAGGGGAGGAACUGGACACGCGGCUUGUGCGCAGUGAAGGAGGCGUGGAGGCUGCCUUGGAUUAUGCCAAGAUGUGGAGCAGACAUCUAAAAGAGAUUUUGAGCUGGACUGAAAAGAGAGCAAGCUAUGAGCUAGAAUUUUCCAAAAACAUCAUGAAGCUUGCUGAGGCAGCAAAGGUAUCCAUCCAGCAGCAGCAUCCUCCUGGACCACUCCGAGAUGUCUAUGGCCUCUUCCUAGAGCAGGACCUUAUCCUUGGAGACCUGACACUGCAGAUAUUGACACAGCAGAAACAUAAUUAUUACCAGCCCCUUGUGGCCCAGAGGAAUGAAAUAGAGAAAAGACGGAAAGAGAUGAAGGCUCAGUGGGCUCGUGAACAGAAAAGGAUGAAUGAAGCAGUGCUGGCCUUACGGCGAUCUCGGGUCCAGUACAUACAGAGGAGUGAGGAUGCGCAGGCUCGAAUCUUGGGCCUUCCUGAGGUCCCCAGCAAGCAGCAAGAGCGAAGGCGCCGUUCACGGGAUGAUGCCCAGGCCAAGGCACUGGAGUCUGAAGUUCACUAUCAGGCCUGCAUCCGAGAGGCCAACCUCCGGCAGCGGGAUCUGGAGGCUACAAAACAGAGAAUCGUGUCCCAUGUCCGGAAGAUGUUGCUUCAGGGGGAUGUGGAGCUCAAGAAGGUGUCCAUGUACCUCUUCAGCCUUCGAGGAGACCUGGCUCAGCGAGGACCCCAAAGUUUCUCAGCACUUAGUGAAUGCUGUAUGCCCUUUGAGCCUGGCCAGCGGUACCUUGAGUUUGUACAGACAAUGUGGCCAGAGCCCCCUCCUCCAGCCCCACCAGAUUUCUCCUUCCAGGAGUUUGUGGCCUCAACACAGAGCUCCCCUCUGGAUGCUCGAAAGAAGGUUCCAUCCCAGCAAUCCUUGCAGUCCAAUGAAUCCUUAUUGGAGCUCAACCUCUGGGAGGAGCCUGGGGACCAUGGGAGCCUGGGCAUCUCUCUAGGCAGCGAUGUGGACAGUGUAGGUGGAAGCAGUGAGUCGCGGUCUCUGGACUCGCCUACAUCCAGCCCUGAGCUUGGGGAUGGAGCAGACAAUGACACAUUGAAGAAGUGGACACAAUCCAGUGCAGCCCAGACCCACCAUUUUCGAAGGCUUCGGGGCCCGGCUAAGUGCCGUGAGUGUGAGACCUUCAUGGUCAGCGGGAUCGAGUGUGAGGAGUGCUCUCUAGCCUGCCACAAGCGCUGUCUGCAGUCUUUACUGAUUCUGUGUGGCCACAGGAAGCUCCCAGCCCGAACUCAGCUCUUUGGAGUUGACUUUCUCCAGCUGCCCCGGGACUUCCCAGAGGAGGUGCCUUUCUUGGUCAUCAAAUGCACUGCUGAAAUUGAGCACCGUGCCCUCAGUGUACAGGGUAUUUACCGAAUCAGCGGGUCCCGGGUUCGAGUGGAGCGGCUUUGUCAGGCCUUCGAAAAUGGCUGGGCCUUGGUGGAGUUGUCGGGUAACUCUCCCCACGAUGUCACUGGAGUACUCAAGCACUUUCUUAAGGAGCUCACAGAUUCUAUCAUCCCCUCUCAACUCUAUGCUGCCUUCAUCUCUCUGGCUAAGACUUUUCAACCAGGGGUAUCAUCAGAUGCCUCAGGGAGCUCUGAACGUGAACUCAAUCUUGACCCCAGCCCCAGUGCUGACUCUGUGGCUGAAGCUGUCAGUGCCCUGAGAACUCUCCUGAGACAGUUGCCUGGCUCUAACUACAAUACUCUCCGACACCUGGUGGCCCAUUUGUUCAGGGUGGCCUCAAGGUUUGAGGAAAACAAGAUGUCAGCCAACAACUUGGGCAUCGUGUUUGGGCCAACGCUGCUUCGGCCACCAAAGGGCCAGGGUGGGGUCAGCACCAGCCCAGUGGCCUGCCUCCUGGACUCAGGAUACCAGGCCCAGAUGGUUGAGUUUCUCAUCAUCCACUAUGAGGAUGUCUUUGGGAUGGAAGAACUCCCUCCAACCACUGCAGAAACAUCUGACUCUGGAACUCCUGAUCCUGCUACACAGACCUCUGCUGAAGAGGAAUCUGGGACUUCAGGGGUCCAAGCAUCAUCUGAUGAGACUUCACCAUCCAAAGGUGACCUCAUUGAGUGGGUCGUUGGGAACCCCUCAGAAGAGGGAACAGAAGAUUCCAAUCAGGUUCGUGAGGAAACCCCUCUAGGGACACAAUCCCGGGGACACUUUAGUCGCCAGCCUGUGAAAUAUCCCCGGGCAGGGGGAGUCAGGCCAGUCAUCCACCAGUUGUCCAGCCUGGCCCUGGUGGCCUCUAAACUCUGUGAGGAAACCCCUAUCAAGGACCGACAUGGAAGCCUUCGGGGCCAGGGGCCUUGGACCAGUGCCUCCCCAGAAGGCAGCCCUCUUCGCCGAGCCAAACUGCCAAAGCACUUUGAGAUUACCCAGGAGACAGCUCGACUCCUUUCCAAACUCCAGAGAGAGGAGUCUCAGGAUGGCAGGGAAUCUCCCUGCUGGCCUGAGUCAGAGCCUCAGUCCCAGCCCCAGCCCCAGCCUCAGUCCCAGCCCCAGCCCCAGCCUCAGCCCCAGCCCCAGCCUCAGUCCCAAUCCCAGCCCCAGCCCCAAACCAAGCUCCAGCCCCAAUCGCAACCCCAGCCUGAGCUCCAGCCCCAGUUUGAGGAAGCUGAGGACCAUUUGUGACUAUUACUCCUUCCUCCCCAUCCUGAGAGCCUCAGAAUCAACGCAAGUCAUUUUCUGGUCACUCAGAGCAGUUGGAGUGACCAUAUUCCCCUUGCUCUCACUGACCAUUGCUGUCACUAACUAGCAGUCAAUAAAUUUCUCUGCCUUCCUUGUU